CAAGACCAAGACUGAGACUAUGUUCAACUCAAAAGCUCGUGCUGAACUUGGAAUCGGUAUUCAAUCCAACAGUCUCAAUGAUCCUCUCUUAUCAACACUACAAUAUCAAACUCGAUUGAACUUUUACUCUCAACCUCCUACUACUGACAUCACAAUCGAUCAAUUCGAAACUUGGGCUAUAAAUCGUCUUAAAGUUUUGGCUGAAAUCGAAAAUGGUUUAUCAAGAAAUCGAUCAUUUGAAGAACUUAAACCGAUUUUAACAAAUAGAUGUAAAGAAUGUUUACCAUUGUCUGCAAAUACAGCAAAAUCUGUAGAUUUAGAUUCACAAAGAAAAAUCGAUCAUUAUUCUCAUUAUAUCCUCAGAUUAGCUUUUUGUAGAUCUGAAGAACUUAGAUCUCGAUUUGUGAAUGCUGAAACUUUGUUAUUUAAAUUCAGAUUUGAGACAGAAGACACUUUAGAAAGGAUCAAAUUUAUUCCUUCUAUAAAGAUCGAUUGGCAACAAGUUGAUCAGAACGAAGUAACACAUAUCAAGACAAUGAUGAAAGAUCCUAAUGAAGAUACAUAUUACAAGGUUCGUUGGACAAAAGUUCCAGAUCUCGUUUCAUCAAGAAAGGUAUACUUGAAAGCUGGUUAUGCAUACGUGUCUUCAAAAGAUCAGGCUUCUAUAAUCUUUCAAGAGUUUUCAUCUCGUCUGAAAAAAGCAUUGGAAAUCACAUCGAAGCAUCUUCCCGACCUCGACGAAGACUCAAGACUAUUACCCGUACUGGAACAUCUUUCUCUUAACUUCUUAGCUGGAAUCUCUGGUUCACAGUACGUUGC